AUGGAUGAACAACGAAGUCUGGAAAUGUAUAAUAAUGCCUUGGGACUUGGGACACACGAUGGUGUUCAAGCAGUUGGAACCGACGAGCUUGUGAAUGAACAGUUAAGACGAGCGAGAUCGGGAGAAAGAGACGAUGUUGCUCAGUUCGGAGCAGUUGGCCAAGACGUGUAUCAGAGAGAUAAACGGGAAAGAAGGCCUAAUAUUCGUUUAGACCAAGACGCCGUGAACGCCGAACGAAUGUUAAAGUUACAGAGGUCAAGAAGUGGACAUCAAGGGCACUUAACAGAGCUGAAUAAUAAGAUAAGUGUUCUUUUAUGUGAUACUUAUAAUGUGGACUCUGUAAAGGAACUUUUAGAGCUAUUUAAUAGACAGUGGGAACGGUUUAAUCUAGUACAUAAUGAAGUUUUGUUGUUUGCCUAUAAUGACCAUUCAACCGUAGCGAGUGCUAUGCAUGCAUACAACGAGCAGUUCGCUAGAAAGACAGAGCUAUUAAACAAAGUUAGUCAAUAUUUACAAUCUCACGAUAAGGAAAAAACUAUACCAGACGAACUUGAGACUAGAAGUAAUGCUAGUUUAAGCUCGUCUAAUUCGUUGUCGUCUGCAAAAUCAAUAGCAAGCUCGAAAUCGCGUGAGAUGCGAUUAAAGCGAGAAAAAGCUGAGCUAUCUCUGAAACAGCUCCGCGAUCGACAAAGUGUUGAGAAAGACGUCGAACGUCGUAAGUUAGAAAUGCGUCAAGCUAUAGAGCAGCAGAAGUUAGAAGAUAAAAUUGAGAUUGCUAAGCUAGAAGAACGGUAUGCUGUCGAAGAAGAACGAAGAUU